AUGUGGAUCCAUGUACAUAACCGUGUGCGCAGCCGCGUGCACAGCCCCAAUGCACUGAGCCGCCAGCGCAGCCCGACAGUGCACCAUCGCACCCUCUUUCGCAGUAUUCAAUGGGUUAUUUUGCGAGUUCGUAUGCAUAAUACGAUAGUUAUGACAUCCCAGCCUGUCUCAGUCUUUUCCCGUCACGUCACUCUGUUCAGUGCCCUGAAGGCUAUCAAACCGGGCUCGACCGUAUCCCCUGUCAGCAUCUUCUGGACGAACGCAUGCAUCGCCUUCUUUCCACUACUUUCGGGAUUCAAAAUUGCCAACAAAGAGGUAGUCCGGGGAGAUGAGAAACGGCCUGAUUGCGUCGUGCUUCAAAUCUGCAUGCUUGACUCGUCCCCUGAAAUUCUUUCCAAGGAAGCUGUUCUAUCUGAGCAGCCAGUAAUCGUUGUGCAGUGUCAAAGUCCAGAAAAGGAUACUCCAGCCGAGUGGAAAUUAGCAGAGGAUCAGCUACUGGAUUACUGCAUGAGGAACAUCAAUGGAACAACGCGAAUCUUUGCAGCUACAGCAAUCGGAACGAGAGUCAGAUUCUGGAGAUACGACAGACCUAAUCUUACGCCUUUGUUCCAAGACGAUGAAAUUCAUGAUCUCGUUGAUGGUCCUGCUAGUUGUGAAGCUGAACUGUGUCUGAACUAUAUUCGAGAGAAUGGAUGGAACUGGGCACAGGGUCGCACCAGGCGGCCAUGA